AUGAAAUCUCUCAAUGCCCAGCUCCGGAAAAAGGGCCUGGAAAUGGUGGAGGAAUACGUCGACCCCGAAUUCGGCCCCGUCUAUAACAUCCAUGCAGUGAAAGCAAACCUCAGCAACAACGAUGUGGCCUAUCGGCUCUACUACGCCGGAGAGGUGACCAAGUGGAGUGCUUCGAGGAGGAAAGCGAUUGAAAAGGCGUCGAACCGCAUCAAGGCUGCCAAGGCCAAGGCGGACCGGGAACUGGAACGAUCUCAGACGGAAUCAACGAGGAGUACGCCAUCCACAUCAUGA